CUAAGAAACUACUUAUAGUAGCAACAAUCCAGUAUCUUCAUUUUCCUUAUUUCUUAAAAAGAAAUAAAAAAAUCCUUUAUCUUCUUCAAAAGGCACAGAAUUUGAGUAAGGUUAUCGAAUUCUCGUUUUUUGAACUUAACCUAGUAUAUUUUUAUUUUUAUUCACUCUCUGUGACUCAGUCAAUAGAUUUUGUUUUGUUCUUUUUUUAUUCCAAUUUAUUGACUUUCUUUUAAAGUCAGCAUUCUUUGGACACAAAAUUGAGCUCAUAGAGCUAAAUAUGAGAUACAUUAAAAUGGAAAAUGAAGAACCGGGGAUUUGUUAAAUGAAUUUAACGGACUUUUCCAUCAAGAAAGCAAACCGCUUCAGGGUUUUCGAGAGAUGAUUGGAUGCAUAUGAUUUGAUGGGUUGAAUUGAGUUGCUUGGUCAAGAACAACUAUGGGGAGUUUGAGUGGAGAAGAGGAUGAAUUCUUUGAAGCACGUGAGGGAAUUGCCUCCAUGUCCCGUUCGAGCUCUGACUGCCCUGAAAAUUUGGAUUCUGAUGAUUCUGGUUUUGAUGUUGUUGAUUCGGUCUCGGUUAGUUUUAAUCAUGAGGUUUGGAUUAAGGACUUGGGAAGCAUUCAUAAAAGGCGGAAUAAUUUUUUCAAAUGGAUGGGUUUGAAUGCGGCAAAUGUGAGUGAUGAUCGUGGUAAUUUAUUUUCACGGGAUACGGAAAUUGAGACGAAUAGAAUGACGAAAGUCACGAAACAUAGUGGUGCUGUUUUAAGAUCGUCAAGUUUUGCUGAUAGAUUUUCAUCCAGUCAUUCUUCUAUGUCUUGUUGGUCUAAUGAUACUUUAGAGUUGUUACAUAGAGCGAUGGAAGAUAAUUUUGGUUGUAGAAUUAGGAAUUUGGAUGAUGGAACAGAGUUCAUUGUUGAUGAACUUGGAGAGGAUGGAAUUUUGCAGAGAAUUCGUGAAGUGGGUUCGAACCGGUUACUUACUGUUGCGGAGUUUGAGAGAUGUCUUGGACUAUCCCCUCUGGUUCAGCAAGUAAUGCGUAGGGAUGAUGUAAAUAAAUCCAAUAUGAAAGCAGCAAGUAAGAGGGAAAAGUUGGGAUGGUUGAGAAGAUUAGGUGCUGUUGCUUGCCUAAUUGAUAGGGAAGUGGAAGCUGGAGGUAGCAAAUGCAAUAGAGCUAAAAUGGUUAGGGCUCGGUCAUAUAAGAAGCGGUCCAAGGACUUUUCAGCUCUCUAUGUGGGACAAGAUAUUCCAGCUCAUAAAGGUUCAAUUUUGACAAUGAAGUUCAGUCCUGAUGGUCAAUACCUUGCAAGUGCUGGUGAAGAUGGAAUCGUGCGUGUAUGGCAGGUGUUGGAGUUAGAACGAUCAGAUGAGCUUGGUGAACUUGAUAUUGAUCCUUCACUUGUAUAUUUGGCUACUAAUAAUUUUUCUGAAUUAGUUCCUCUUCAUGUUGAUAGUGACAAAAAACGUAAAUUCUUGAAUCUGAGGACAAUAUCAAACUCGGCUUGUGUUGUAAUCCCUCCAAAAGUAUUUGGACUAUCAAAGAAGCCAUUACAUGAAUUUUGUGGGCACAGUGGAGAGGUAUUAGAUCUCUCAUGGUCAAUGAAAAAGCGUCUUUUGUCAUCUUCUACUGAUAAGACUGUCCGCUUGUGGCAAGUGGGGUAUGAUCAAUGCCUUCACAUCUUCUCCCACAAUAAUUAUGUUACAUGCGUCCAGUUUAACCCCAUGGAUGAUGAUUACUUUGUCAGUGGUUCCAUAGAUGGGAAAGUACGCAUCUGGGAAAUCACUUGCUGUCAAGUUAUUGGCUGGACUGAUAUAAUUGAAAUUGUUACAGCUGUAUGUUAUCGUCCUGAUGGAAAGGGUCUGGUUGUUGGCUCCAUGACUGGAAAUUGUCUUUUUUAUGAUGCUUUGGAGAAUCAUCGUCUACAUCUGUAUGCUGAAAUAUGCUUACAGGGCAAGAAGAAGUCACCAUUCAAGAGGAUAACCGGCUUCCAGUUUUCACCUAGUGAUCCAACCAAAUUAAUGGUUUCUUCUGCUGAUUCACAAGUUCGUAUCCUUAAUGGAGUGGAUGUAGUACGCAAAUAUCGAGGCCUUCGUAAUGCCGGAACUCAGAAAUCUGCAUCAUUUACAUCUGAUGGGACACACAUUAUUUCAGCCAGUGAGGACUCUAAUGUCUAUGUCUGGAACUAUAUAAAGCAGGAUGGGACCGUGCCUCAGGUAAAGAACAAUCGGGCUUGUGAACAUUUUUUCUCAAACAAUGCAUCAGUUGCUAUUCCCUGGCGUAGUGAUGAAAGGGUGUUGCUACAUUCUGAAUCGGGCGAGAAUUUGCAAUGCAAACUGUCAUUUCCUUCACCUGAUCAUUCCUCGAUGAGGUUUUUCUCCGAGGCAUUGCCCAAGGGAUCUGCAACUUGGCCUGAAGAAAAGCUUGCUUCAAGCUCAGCCAGCUUACCAAUUCGUAAAUCUCGAUACAAGUUUUUGAAGACAUCCAUCCAGAGAAUGUCUGAAUCUCCUCAUGCAUUAGGUUUAGUGAUUGUAACAGGCGGAUGGGAUGGACGGAUCCGAUGGUUCCAGAACUUUGGAUUACCAGUUCGUGUUUAGGUAUCCCAACUCUGAAAAUUAAGCAUUCAGAAGCUUGGCCAGAUUGGUCUUUCCUCUCCCCUAUGUAAACAGAGAAGAAGAUCACACUUAUACUAGAUUUUGUAUAUCACUGUAUUUGUAAUUAUACAUUUUUUUGAACUCAAUUGUAAUAUAUAUUCUGGAAAGAAAUCUCUCAUUUUUUUCUUAAA